CUCCGGGAUCCUGGGUGUGUGCAGUCAGUCAGUCAGCACAGGCAGGCGGAGAAAACACCAGCAGCCACAUCGCAGCGUGAGUGCAGCCGUGCCUGUCAACUGUCACCUUGCCUGGAAACUUCUCCCUUUGCUCCAUCUGGCGGACCGAGAAUGGGAAACUACCCGAGCUAGUUCCCGAAGAGGACCUCAAUUCAGGGGCGGACUGCCCAAAGUGCCAGAUCGAUCCCUCAUCCAGUCAGCUAGGCAGUGAGUCAGUCCCAUCCUUCACGUCCAGGGAGGGGAUCCAGGAGCCUCAGUGGAGAUGCAGACCUUCCUAAAAGGCCGGAGAGUCGGCUACUGGCUCAGUGAGAAGAAGAUGAAGAAACUGAAUUUUCAUGCUUUUGCAGAUUUGUGCAGGAAAAGAGGGAUAGAGGUCGUUCAGUUGGACCUCAGCCAGCCUCUGGAAGAGCAGGGUCCCCUGGACGUUAUCAUCCACAAACUGACGGACCUCAUCCUGGAGGCAGACCAGAAUGAUUCUCAGGCUGUGCUGCUUGUGCAAAGAGUGCAGGACUACAUCGAUGCCCACCCCGAGACCAUCGUCCUGGAUCCCCUGCCAGCUAUCAGGACUCUGCUGGACCGCUGCAAAUCUUACCAGCUCAUCCACAGGAUAGAAAGCUGUAUGCAAGAUGAGAGGAUUUGCUCUCCUCCGUUUAUGGUGCUCAACACCGAGUGCAACCCGGAUGUGCUCGAGCAGAUCAGGAAGCACGGACUCACGUUCCCCUUCAUUUGCAAAACUCGAGUGGCUCAUGGAACCAACUCCCAUGAGAUGGCUAUUAUCUUCAGUGAGGAUGACCUGAAGGAUGUAAAGCCCCCCUGCGUCAUUCAGAGCUUCAUCAACCACAAUGCAGUGCUCUACAAGGUGUUUGUUGUGGGGGACUCGUACACGGUGGUGGAGAGGCCCUCCCUCAAGAAUUUCCCCGCCGGACCUGCAGACAGGAAAGCCAUUUUCUUCAACAGCCACAACGUUUCCAAGCCGGAGUCGUCCUCAGACUUAAACUCGAGGGAGAACGUAGAGGGGGUAUCUCAGCCUCCGAGCGACGACGUCAUCCGAGAACUGUCCAGGUCCUUGCGGCAGGCGCUGGGCGUGUCCUUGUUCGGCAUCGAUGUCAUCAUCAAUAACCAAACUGGCCAACAUGCCGUCAUCGACGUCAAUGCCUUCCCAGGUUACGAGGGCGUCCCCGAGUUCUUCGGCGACCUGCUCAACCAUAUCAGCGGCGUGCUCCCGAGCGUCGGCCCCUCCGACCCCCCUCCCGCCAGCGAGCCGCCCAAAGGCGUGAGCGCCCCCGCGGCCGCCGACACCCCCCCGUGGAUCGUGGAGGGCGACGCGGGACUGAAGGGUGCGCGUCAUCAGCGGCUGGGCUGCAGCUCGCCCAUGUCGCCCAACUUCCAGCAGCACUGCGUGUCAACUAUUGCCACCAAGGCCUCCUCCCAGUGACUUUGUCCCCCCACCUCUUGCUGGAAAAACACAUCACAACGGUGACAAUAACAAUGAAUAAUAAUCAUAAUAAUUAUGACGUUAAUGAUAUCUAAUCACAACCUUUUCCCGUUUAGUUCUUGCAAAUGAUGAUGAUUGGGUGUAAAGCUUUUUUCUCUCACUCUCUCUUUGGCUUUUACUUUUUUGUAUUGUUGUUUUUGUCCAAUGAGACUUCAACAGUACUGUAAUGUGAACCUUUUGGGAAGUCAUUUGUAUUCUUUGCUGCAGUGACGCCCGGCUCAGCAUUUUCAGACUGGGGAAAGGUGUGCCACCAGAUGUGCAAUGUAUGACCCCGUCUGUGUGGAUGUAUGAGUGCGUGUGUGCGCGUGUGUGUUCAACACCACUGACUCCUCUGUGAGGGGAGGGUGCAUGCGUUUGAACCAAGAGAUAAGCUGUUGACUUUCUGAGUGCCAUCAUAUUUUAGACUUGAGGUGAAGAGCUGAGAAGGAAAUCUCCAUGUGACCAAGUGAGCGCAGGAAGACGUUCCGUUUCUUUCUUUCUUUUUAUUUCCACACAAUGAUCUCCACCGGCAGGAUUCCAUUGUGAGAUUUCCUCACAUCACUUCAUAGCGUCAGUUGCCUUUUUUUUUUUUUUUUUUUCUCUCUUUCCUUUUACGCUCACUGCUCUCCUGUGGACCCGUUCACUGCAUUCUGAGUAAUUUAUUCCACUGAUUGUUUUAGAUCAAACGUGUUUGGUUUGCCAUCUGUCAACACUUUAAAGGAGAUUAAGUAACUAAUUUACAAUGGUUAGUUAAAUGGUUAAUUGGGCAGUUUGCUUGAUUGGACUCCCACACACAACUCUUUCAACACGCAGUUGAAUGGGAAUCCAUCUAAUCAGCUGUAAUUGAAGAGCAACUGUGGGAAAUGAUAUUUUUUUUAAAUUCCAAUUUAGUUUUUUUCUUUUGACAUGUACUAAAUGGGAUUUUAUGGGGGGGUAUGUUAUAUAUAAAUGAUGGCAUGUGAAUAGACCUAUUUACUAGAAGAAUAUUUUAUUUAAAAAAAAAAGAACAAAUUGGAGAACAAAAGUGAUGUUAAAAGGGUUAGAUGAGUGCAAAACUGCCAAAAUCCUGUUUUGUCUUCCUCUAAAUCUGCUUCCUCAUCCUGUAGAGCAGCAUUGGUGGGCAACCUGAAGCCUGUCUUUCACCCCGAGUCAGCUGGGAUAGGCCUGAACAGAAAAAGCAGUAUAGAAAAUGGAUGUCGUACGGCCUUUGGAGGACCCCAAUCGGAAACAGGGUGCCCACACGCGCUGUAGUCACAUCAUCUCACCAGUAAUCAGGACACUUUUCCACUUAAAUCACUUGACCUCCAUUUAAGGCAAAGCUCAAAGGCAGCGGGUGUAGAGAAAGUGUAUGUUUUGUUCUGUGUCAGGCUUGUACGUGACAGAUAAUUGGUGAAUCCUACCAGUGUACCCCAGUGUGAUCGGUAAGCCCGCUUUCCACCUUAAAAAUGUUUACUCCUUGGGUGUCGUGUACAAUACGUGUAUCUACGCCUAAGCUUGCUUACGUACAGUACGUUGUUUGGUAUGUCAUGAACAUGAUUAUUUUAUUUUUUAUUUUUUUUUAAAUCAGUCGACCCACAGAGGUGAAAUAAACGAGUGGAAAUUUC